GCGGGAGUUGGAGGCUAUAACUAGUCCUCUUCGCAAGGACGCAAGCCACGACUUCUGCUGAGCCUGGUAACACAUCUAGGACAUUUUUCCUCACUUGAACCAUUUCCCUGGUCCAGAUGCUCUUCAAUUCGGUUCUCCGACAGCCCCAGUUUGGCGUCCCGAGAAAUGGGUGGUCUUCACAAUACCCUCUACAGUCCCUUCUAACUGGUUAUCAGUGCAACUCUAAUGAUGAGCACACUUCUUAUGGAGAAACAGGAGUUCCAGUUCCUCCUUUUGGAUGUACCUUCUCUUCUGCUCCCAACAUGAAACAUAUACUAGCAGUUGCCAAUGAAGAAGGGUUUGUUAGAUUGUAUAACACAGAGUCACAAACCUAUAGAAAGAAGUGUGUUAAAGAAUGGAUGGCUCACUGGAAUGCUGUCUUUGACCUGGCUUGGGUCCCAGGUGAACUUAAACUUGUUACAGCAGCAGGUGAUCAAUCAGCCAAAUUUUGGGAUGUAAAAGCUGGUGAGCUGCUUGGAACAUGCAAAGGUCAUCAAUGCAGCCUCAAGUCAGUUGCCUUUUCUAAGUUUGAGAAAGCUGUCUUCUGUACUGGUGGAAGAGAUGGCAACAUUAUGGUCUGGGACACCAGGUGCAACAAAAAAGAUGGAUUUUAUAGGCAAGUGAAUCAAAUCAGUGGUGCUCACAAUACCUUAGACAAGCAAACCCCUUCAAAACCUAAGAAGAAACAGAAUUCAAAAGGACUUGCUCCUUCCGUGGAUUUCCAGCAGAGUGUUACCGUGGUCCUCUUUCAAGAUGAGAAUACAUUAGUCUCAGCAGGAGCCGUGGAUGGGGUAAUUAAAGUAUGGGACUUACGUAAGAAUUAUACUGCAUAUCGACAAGAACCCAUAGCCUCCAAGUCUUUCCUGUACCCAGGUAGCAGCACUCGAAAACUAGGAUACUCAAGUCUAAUCUUGGAUUCCACUGGCUCUACUUUAUUUGCCAACUGCACAGAUGACAACAUCUAUAUGUUCAAUAUGACUGGAUUAAAGACGUCUCCAGUGGCUAUCUUCAAUGGACAUCAGAACUCGACCUUUUACAUUAAAUCCAGUCUUAGCCCAGAUGACCAGUUUUUGGUCAGUGGCUCAAGUGAUGAAGCUGCCUAUAUCUGGAAGGUGUCCACGCCCUGGCAUCCUCCAACUGUGCUCCUGGGUCAUUCUCAAGAGGUCACAUCUGUGUGCUGGUGUCCGUCAGAUUUCACAAAGAUUGCUACCUGCUCUGAUGACAAUACACUGAAAAUCUGGCGCUUGAAUAGAGGUUUGGAGGAGAAGUCAACAGAUAAGCUCUCCGUAGUGGGUUGGGCCUCUCAGAAGAAAAAAGAGGCAAGAGCUGACCUAGGAACAGUGACAAGUGGCCAGAGUACUCCUGCCAAAGCCCCCAGAGUAAAGAUCAGUCCAUCUAGUUCCUCCCCUUCCUCAGCAGCCUGUGCUCCGAGCUGUGCUGGAGACCUCCCUCUUCCUUCCAAUACUCCCACAUUCUCCAUUAAAACCCCUCCUGCCAAGGCCCGGUCUCCCGUUAGCAGAAGAGGCUCCAUCUCCUCUGUCUCCCCCAAGCCGUCCUCAUCUUUCAAGAUGUCCAUUAGAAACUGGAUGACCCAAACACCUUCUUCAUCACCACCCAUCACUCCAACUGCUUGUGAGACCAAGAUCACAUCUCCAAGAAAAGCCCUCAUUCCUGUGAGCCUAAAAUCAUCCCAAGCAGUGUCUUGCUCAGAGUCUAGAAAUAGAGUGAAGAGGAGGCUAGACUCAAGUUGUCUGGAGAAUGUGAAACAAAAGUGUGUGAAGAGUUGCAGCUGCGUGACUGAGCUUGAUGACCCAGUUGAAAAGCUUCAUUUGGAUCUGUGCUGCCUUACUGGCAACCAGGAAGACCUUGGUAAGGACUCUCUGGGUCCUACCAAAUCAAGCAAGAUCGAAGGAACCAGUAUGAGUGUCUCAGAGCCUCCUUCUCCUGCCAGUCCUUAUGCUUCAGAGGGCUGUGGGACGCUAUCUCUUCCUUUGGGAUCAUGUGGAGAAGGAUCUGAAUUGGUAGGCAAAGAGAAUAGCUCCCCAGAGAACAAAAACUGGUUAUUGGCCAUGGCGGCCAAACGGAAGGCUGAGAAUUCAUCACCACGAAGUCCAUCGUCUCAGACCCCCAAUUCCAGGAGACAGAGCGGGAAGACUUCUCCAGGCCCAGUCACUAUUACUCCCAGCUCCAUGAGGAAAAUUUGUACCUACUUCCACAGAAAGUCUCAAGAUGACUACUGUAGUCCUGAACAGUCAACAGAAUUAUAGAUCUUAAUCUGAGUUAUGCUUCCACCCAUGAAAAACAGGACUUAAUCUCACCAUAAACGAUGGAAAAACUGGAUCGAAGAUAUUAAACAACUAUUUCCAGACAUUGGACGAGAAGCAGUACAGGACUGUGAUCCCUAAGGGAAGGGAAGCAAAUGAGGUGAGUCCUCAGUUUUAGAAGCGAUUUUCAGAUAGCUCAGCCCCCAGUAUGGCACCACUGCAGUUUUACGGACUGGUUAGGAAAAUCCCUGGUGGAGCCCAGUGGUCUUGCUGAGUUGAAGAAACAGAGAUUACAGUCUGGGGAAGCUGAGGUGGCUAGAAUUCACUAGGUAAAUGCCAAAAGGAAGGGAGCUACAUGGAGGAAGAGCUUCGUAUAAGGAGUUCAGUCUUUGGCUGAAUAGUCUGUGUGCAGAGGGUGACACUUCACAAGGUCAAGCCAAAGAACAACUGCUGAAGAAGGAGAAGUUACUGGGGAGCUGUAAGCUGAAAAAUUCCUAGAGCUCAUGCAGGGCUGGGAAUCAUUCCAGUUUCCACCAGCCAGACUAGAGAAACCUUGUUGUGGCAGGUUGUAUUUUCCAAAGAUGACUCAGUAGCUCCCACAUACUCUUCGGCAAUGUGACCUUGCCAUUCCACAUCAGGGGGUAGGGUCUCAUUCUCUUCUUUUUAAUGUAGGAAGGCUUGUGACUGCUACUACCAAUUGAAUACAGUAGUGCUGUGUGUUGACUUUGAGGCUAAGUUGCAAAGGCUCUAUAGCUUCCAGGCACUGAAGUUAUCUACACUGCCUCUCUCUCAGCUCACAGUUGUAGCCACAGGGGCCUUAUGAUCAGCUAAUAGAGGAGGACAGAGCCGGGAGUGGUUCAUGGGUAGGUAAAGCCACAAAUGGACUGGUGCUGCAUUAUAGCCCAUCCAGGGGUGGCUGGAAAAAACGGGCAAGGUGAAAUCUUCACAGUAGACAGAGCUUUCAUGCAUCUAUCAUUCUCUUGUGAGACAAGAGAAAUAACCUAAGGUAAGGAAUAUAGGACUCACAGGUUGUGGUGAAUUGGCCAAGGGUCUGGGAAGGAGAAAGAUUAGAAGAUAAGGGACAAGGAGGCCCAGGAGAGAGGCAUGUUACUAGACCUAUGGAAGUGGGUGUGAAGAUCUUUUCUACCACACAUCAAUGACCACCAGAAAGCAGGUGCCAGUAAACACCCAAGUAGACAGAGUAAGUCAGCCAGUUGAUGUCAGAUAGCUUCUGUCAUUGGCCACUUUAGUACAAACUCUCAAUCACAGAGGCUAGUCCAGCUACUGCUGCCACAGACAACCAGCCUGGCAGGAACAGAAGCUCUGCUCAGCCCCAUGUAGUGCCCACCACUCUUCAAGGACACAAGCUGGCUCCCUGUGGCAAGUUGAUUACCCUGGGCCACUUCAACCCUGGAAGAGGAAAUGGCUUGUCUUGACUAGGAUUAAAAAACAUUUUAUUAAUUCAAUAUGGAUAACGGACUUGCAUGUGAAAUAUAAAGGUAUAAAACUUUUAGAAAACAAAACUGGAGAAAAAUCUUCAGAAUCUAGGGCUAGGCAAAGAGUUCUUUGACUUCACAUCAAAAGCAUGAACCAUAUAAGGAGAAAUUGAUAAAUUGGACCUUAUCAAAGUGAAAAUUUUUCAUUCUGUGGAAGACCCUGUGAGGAAGAUAAAAAGACAAACUACAAUUGGGAGAAAAUGCUUGAAAGGUACAUAUCUGACAAAGGACUAGUAUCUAAAAUAUAUAAAGAACUCUUAAUACUCAAUAGGAAAAAAAUAUAAUUAGAAAAUGGGUAAAAGAUAUAAGCAGACAUUUCACUGAAGAUGAUAUACAGGUGGCAAAUAAGUACAUGGAAGGGUGUUUAAUGUCAUUACUCCUUAGAGAAAUACAAGCUAAAGCCAUAAUGAGAUAUCACUACAUACUUAAAAUGAAAAAUAGUGAGAACAUCCAAUGCUGAUGAGGAUGUAGAAAAACUGGAUUACUCACACAUUGCUGAUGGGAAUGUAAAUUGAUACAGCUGCACUAGAAAAGAGUUUGGCAGUUUUUUACAAAACUGAACAUAAAAUUUCCAUAUGACCCAGCAGUUGUACUCUCGGGCAUUUGUCCCAGAGAAAUUAAGACUUAUGUUCACAUAGAAACUUGUGCCCAGAUGUUUAUAGAAGCUUUAUUCACUACCACCAAAAAGCUGGAAGCAGAUAUACUUUAGUUGUUGAAUAGUUUAACAAACUGGUACAUUCAUACCAUGGAAUACUCAGCAAUAAAAAGGAUGAACUGUUGAUGAACACAACUUGGAUGAAUCUUCAGGGAAUUAUACUGAGUGAAAAAAGCCAAUUCCAAAGGUUAUGUGCUGCAUGGUUCCAUUUAUGAAACAUACUUGAAAUGAAAAACUUCAAGAAUGGAGAACAGAUCCAUGGUUGUUGUGGGUUAGGAAUGGGCAAAGGCAGGGAGAGGCGAGUGUGGCCAUAAAAAGCCAACACAGGGGUCCAUGGGGAGGGAACGAUGCUGUCUUGACUGUUGGUGAUAACUCACACAAAUGACUACAAGUGACAUUGGGGCAGUCUGAAUUGUACCCAUAUACAUACCCUGACUGUGACAUUGCACUAUUGCUCUGUGUAAGAGUACUUGGGCCCCUAGCUGGUAUGGCUUGGUUGGAGUGUGGUCCUAUAACCAAAAGAUUGUGGGUUCCAUCCCCAGUCCUGGCACAUACGAUCUCUGGUCCAGACACGUGCUAGAGGCAACCCAUUGAUGUUUCUCUCCCUUCCUCUCUCCCUCUCUCCCUCUCUUUUAUCCAAAAGCAAUGAAAAAUGUCCUCAGGUGAAGAAAAUGUAAAAAAUAUAAAGCACAUGAGAUCUCUUUUAAUUUUACAACUGUACAUACACUUAUAAUUAUUAAAUAAAGAU